GUCCGGAGAGCGAGAAAGACUGACUGAAUACUUUUUCCAUAAUGAGAGGGCGAGUGAAAUCGAGAGGGCUUCACAUUAUGCCCUCCUUAUCGAGACGGAAAAAGUCCUAGCAUUUAACGUUAGUUGUUUUAGAUGUUUCUGUUAAACUCAUUACAUAAUAAAUCGGUAACAUCCGAGCGGCACCGACCGGUACCGACUGACACUCAACGUCUGACGGGAAACCAUUGACAUAUUCUUCUUCAAUUCGCUGUGAACUUUGAUUAAUAUUCAAGACAUUUGAUCGAAACCUCUCAGUCUAUCCAAUCUAGAAUAGUAACACAUUGUUGACUUGGAUUGAAACAAUGAGUCAAGUCUGAAAGAAAUAGGCUAAAUCUAAACGAAAAAGUGAAUUGUGACUCGCGUGAACAUGCGAGGGACAGAUGUGUCAACAAUAGCGCGCGGAUCUGUGUCGUGUUUUCACCCGAUAUCUGCAUUUUUUGAUCCAGCUAAUGGUUCCUUGAAAGUCAAUCAGCUGGAGCAACAAAGUUAAACGAACAACCCCUAGACCGCAACUUCCAAAACCAGCUAAGCGCAACCAUGACAACUGCCACGCCCCCCUCCUCACACAGCCCCUCCCCACAGAAGGUGUGCCACUCCCAGACGCAGACGGACGUGCUGAAGCCGCUACUCGGGGCUAGCGCCGGGGGAGCAGGCGGCGGGGGUAUGAGUCCCGCCGCUCUGAGGCGGCGUCGCCGUGUCCUCUCCAAGGACGGCCGCAGCAACGUGCACAUCGAGCAUGUAAGUGGCCGCAGCGCUCUCUACCUGCGCGACCUCUGGACGACCUUCCUGGACAUGCAGUGGCGCUACAAGCUCUUCCUGUUCUCCGCCACCUUCGCCGGCACCUGGUUCCUGUUCGGGCUGCUGUGGUACCUGGUGGCGCUGGUGCACGGGGAUCUGCUGGAGUUCGACCCCCCCUCGAACCACACACCCUGCGUGAUGCAGGUCCAGACACUGACCGGGGCGUUCCUCUUCUCGCUGGAGUCGCAGACCACCAUCGGCUACGGCUUCCGCUGCAUCACAGAGGAGUGCCCGGCCGCCAUCAUCCUCCUCAUCUUGCAGCUCGUCAUCACCAUGGUGAUGGAGAUCUUCAUCACCGGCACCUUCCUCGCCAAGGUGGCUCGGCCGAAGAAGCGGGGCGAAACGGUAAAAUUCAGCCAGCAUGCUGUGGUGGCCAAUCACGAGGGACGGCCCUGCCUCAUGAUCCGUGUGGCCAACAUGCGCAAGAGCCUGCUGCUGGGCUGCCAGGUGACUGGCAAGCUGCUCCAGACCUCCCUGACCAAGGAGGGGGAGACGGUGCGUCUGGACCAGAGGAACGUGGCUUUCAAGGUGGACACGUCCAGCGACAGCCCCUUCCUCAUCCUCCCUCUCACCUUCUACCACAUCAUCGAUGACAGCAGCCCACUCAGGGCCUGGGCAGCCAAAGAUUCCUGUCUCAGUGUCAGGGCCAGAUUAAGUGAGUUUAAUUGACUUGCUCAGAUUAUAUGGUUUUGUGUUCUACUUGAUAGGGGGGUCUAAUGAUACUUAAUCCGCAACAACAUGCCAACUAGCCUCUGGUUUUAUAGUUAUUAUAACCCAUUGUGUAUUCAAUAAAGAGAAAAAAAGAACAAAGAAUGUGUUU